AUGAUAGCGCGCAUCACCACCCCGCCUUCUGCCGAGGCCACACCUCAUAGUAAAGUCUUGAACCCUAUUCUAUCUAGCUAGAAGGGAUUCAUCUUUUUUUCUUCAAUAACUCCAUGGACAGUGGCCCAAAUUCUGAUGUUAUCUAGCUGCGUAGUCUGCCUAUCCCUUUCAGGUGAGAAAGUCGCCGGGCUAAGUUGCAGAUACCCUACAGGCCUUUUGCCUUUGGGAAACAAGAAGGGGAAGGUAAUUGACCAUUUCCAUGGAGAGGGAUUACCAGAUUUGGGAUUGGAGCCGGCUGAAAAGGCAGCAGCGCUAAACCAUGUUCUGAAGAAGAAGCAAGAUCCGACGGAACCAUCUCUGGAGAAUCACAUAGAGUCGGAAAACGUAGAGACGCAGAAGGCUGUGGACAGCCAAGGGGCAGUGCCGGCCGGUCAGGAGCCAUCAAGGAUCCUCCGCAGGAGUAUCCGUCUGCAUGCCUCGAAGGGGGCCGCCUUCGAGAUAUCAGGACGAGGAGCUUGUGGAUCAAAAAGAAGCGGCGAGGACGAUCCAGAUGGAAAACUCGAUCGGCACAGCAGAUCGGAGAAGCUGGCGCUCCUGACAAGCCGUGCAUCGAAGCGACUCGCCGGCCUGGAACCCGAUCCUACGGUCGACAUUGAAGUUGGCGACAGGUCCCUAAAGAGAGGCCGCCCUUCUACUCGAUCCAGAAGCCGUCUCGUCCCAAGUCCCUUCAGCGACAUCCGCGAUCUCGCGGCGGAUCCACCGAAGUUCGAGGAUGGCUCUCCGGGAGGACGAGUCGGCUCGGCAGACCACGCCGGCGCCGGUGACACGGCAGCGGAAUUCGCCGUCACGUCGCCGUUCGGCGAUCGCUGGCCGGACCCCUGCAUCGAGUUCGCCUUCAAGACGCUGACGGGGCAGAUCCCGGUGCCGGAGGCUGCCGCCAUUGGGGAUUACUUCUGUGAGUGGCUCUCUCCACCACCCGCCGCAGCAGACGGUGCUCCGACGCCGCCGGAGGUCCCAGAGAAGAGCCUCUUCCCUCCGUCAUAG